GCAAUGUAGCCGUUGGAGAAGGAAACCCCAUAUCACAUCUCAUCUCUGCUUGGUCUUCUAAUGUCCCAACCCAACCCGUUAUGCAGCAGCAGUUAUGAUAAUUUAGACAAUGAAGUAAAACUAGCCGUUAGGAUUAAGAAAAUUGCAAACUUUGACUCAUUCUACUCAUGACCACCACCUCAUUUCAUUUAUCUCUCUUCAUCCUUAAACCCCACCAGCACCUUUCUUCACUCACAUGCCUUUUUCAGAACUGUAGUCCCUCUCUUUUAACUCUCCACUUUCUUGUGUUAGUAUUUAGAUCUUCCUCGUUGUUCUUCAUUGUACUAGUAUUAUACCACUACUACUGUUAUCUGAGCUGAGUCUGUCUGAGAGGUGUGAGCCUAAAGAGAGAGUGAAAGUGGAACCUGUUUGUGUCUGUCUUACUUUCUUUGCUUAGCCAUUGUUUGUUCUAAGUUCCCACUUACCACUUUCAUGGGACACAACAGUUGUCAUGCCAAAGAUUUCUUCACAGACCCUUUUCAGGUUAACCUCUCUUUUGCUUCAUAUGGUCAUAGGAGGAGGAACCACAAAGGUGUUGGGGGUGGUGGUUUUAUUUGCUUAGCUUCUUUUGUGUUUCUUUUGCAAGCUUUGGCUUCUGUCAUUCAGCCUGUUUCAGGGCAGUUGUGGGAUGGGGUGGUUGUUACUCAGGCUGAUUUUCAAGCCCUGAGGGCUAUUAAGAAUGAGCUAAUUGACUUCAAAGGGGUUCUCAAGAGCUGGAAUGACAGUGGUCUAGGUGCUUGUUCUGGGUGGGCAGGAAUCAAGUGUGUGAAUGGUGAGGUUAUUGCAAUUCAGCUUCCUUGGAGAGGGUUAGGUGGCAGGAUCUCUGAGAAAAUUGGCCAACUUCAGUCUCUUAGGAAACUCAGUCUUCAUGACAAUGUUCUUGCUGGUCCAGUUCCUUUGUCACUUGGCCUCCUUCCCAACCUUAGAGGGGUUUAUCUCUUCAAUAACAAGCUUUCAGGUUCUAUCCCUCCUUCCCUUGGCAAUUGUCCAAUGCUUCAGUCUCUUGAUAUUAGCAACAAUUCCCUCAGUGGUAAAAUCCCUCCCAGUUUAGCGAGAUCUACUAGGAUGCUUCGGAUCAAUUUGAGCUUCAACUCACUUUCUGGAUCCAUUCCUAGCAGUUUAACCAUGUCUCCUUCUCUAACCAUUCUUGCCCUUCAACACAACAACCUCUCUGGCUCUAUCCCAGAUUCUUGGGGUGGAGCUGGAAAGAAG